CGCGUCUUCAUUCACCACCAACAUGUCUGAGAGCCCAGCCUUUGAAUCUCUCAUCUACCAUGAGCGACAAGAGCCAGGGUCCAUGCUCUGUGCUCAGCAUGCUUUGAAUUCACUCCUGCAGGGGAACUACUUUACCGCGCCAGAUCUUUCAGAAAUCGCGCUCGGACUCGACGAGCUUGAGGGAGGCAUGAGGGAGGAGGGCACCGCAGCAAGGCAACACCAGUAUGAACAUGGACGAUUCGGGUUUCUUUUCGGUGCAAGUUCUAGAGAACGCGCUGAAAGUUUGGGGACUGGAGUUUUAAUUCGUUGGCGAAGCGAAGAAAUGCGUCCAUAUCAAGACCAUCCUGAGGAGCAGCUCGCUUUUGUGCUGAAUUCCGAGCAACAUUGGUACACCUUCCGUCGGUUUGCAUCACACUGGUAUAACCUCAAUUCGUUCGUCGCGAAGCCGGAGUGGGUCUCUCCCCUGUAUCUUGGGGCUUUGUUGCAACAAGCAGAACGAGAUGGCUACUCAAUAUUCGUCGUCACCUCGACAGAUCCAAAUACAGGCCUGCCUCGCACCGAAGCCGACGACAUUGCAUUCACCCUGGGUGAAUCGAGCUCCUCAGGACGGCCUGGUCCGAGCGGCCGAUCCGCAGAGGAUGAAGAUCUUGAGCUCCAGGCGGCAUUGCAGGCUUCUAUGGCCGAUGAAGCUGGGGUGCCGGAUGAUCGCAGCGCGGAUCCUGUCGCUGCGAGCGUGGCCCGGAACAAGAUGCUUUUAGACCGCAUGAAAGCCGAGCAAGAGUAUGCUCGUGGCCAGAUGCUGCAGGACGAAGUGGCCGGAAUGAGCCGCCGUGACGACACUGAAGACGAGACCGAGGAGCAGAUGAUCCGACGCGCGAUCGAAGAGAGCGAGCGAUAUGCCGAGAUGGCUCAAGGCGACGACGGGAACGCCGUUGCUCCAUCUGCUUCGCAUUUCGGGGAAGACGGAUACUACGACGACGACGACGCGGAAUUGCAAGCGGCGUUGCGUGCUUCCCUCGAAGCCACGCCCGAGGGAUGGUCGCUACCGGAACAUCUCCAGGAUCAACCUGAAGUACCUACUGCACCCGCACUCAGUCACGUGGAACUACCAGUGGAGACUGAGGAUGCUCCAGCACAAGAAGAAGUCAGCGUUGAAGAAAUGCGGAGGCGGAGAUUGGCGAGAUUUGGCUCAUAG